AGAUAUUAUUUACUCUUUUCUAUUUGGUUUCUGAGACCUUACACUUUCUCCUGGCGUGGGGUGGUUGAAAAGGAUAAUUUCGGAACAAAGCAACAACCAGCAAUACCGCCGACUGCUAGCAGCCAGCUUUUCCGGCUGCGGUGGUCCAACUCAAUCAAACUCCUCAGCUCGGCUCCACUAGAAACAGCCGUAGGUAAACGUACUAUAUCAAUUAUUUAUCCAAAUGCGAUGAAGCUGCUGUUUGCUGUGCCGUUCAACUUAGCACUUAGCACAUAGAGAUAUAAGGUAGAAGAGUAGCGCCUCUGGCAGUUUCCUUUGAAUUUAAUAGCGCUUUCUACUGCCUCUGGGGUCUCAUUAAUGAUGACAAACACUUCUGAAGAGUUGGGGAAGCAUUCAACCUCAGUGUAUCGUGUGAGAGAAGACAGUGAAUACGUUCGGCUGGUUAUAUCCAAUGAAACAAGGACGGCAGAAGCUGAUAUCUUGCAGCCACAAUCAGAAACAAGAGUUAAAUCUUUUUUGUGGUGGAUUAGAGCCUUUGCUGGGUGCCUUGUUAUCAUUAUAUUUCUUCUCAUUUUCUUAAAAUGGGGGAUGCCAUUUCUUUUUGAAAAGGUUCUCUUGCCAAUAUUGCAGUGGGAAGCCACUGCCUUUGGCCGUCCUGUUCUUGCCCUUGUUCUUGUUGCUUCUCUCGCUUUGUUCCCUGUGGUCUUAAUACCUUCUGGCCCUUCCAUGUGGUUGGCUGGAAUGAUUUUUGGUUAUGGCUUCGGGUUUGUUAUAAUCAUGGUUGGAACAACUAUUGGGAUGGUCCUGCCAUAUUUGAUUGGUCUGUUUUUCCGUGACCGCAUCCAUCAAUGGUUAAAGAGAUGGCCCCGGAAUGCUGCAAUGAUUAGACUUGCUGGGGAAGGUUGUUGGUUCCAUCAAUUUCGAGUGGUUGCUCUCUUUAGGGUUUCACCCUUUCCGUACACAAUCUUCAACUAUGCAAUUGUGGUUACCAGUAUGACAUUUUGGCCCUACUUAUGCGGAUCAGUUGCUGGAAUGGUGCCAGAAGCUUUCAUUUACAUCUACAGUGGUCGCUUAAUAAGGACAUUUGCAGAUGUUAAGUAUGGGAACUAUCACUUGACUACAGUUGAGAUCAUAUACAACAUUAUAUCCUUAAUUGUUGCAAUUAUAACCACAGUUGCUUUUACUGUUUAUGCAAAAAAUGCUUUAAACGAGCUUAAAAGAGAAGAAGAAACUAGUGGAGUGGAAGCAUCUGCCUCGGGCCAUGGCAGUUUAGAGAUGGAGAAAGCUUCCUGUUGAAAAACCUAAGCUUAUAGGAACAUGGUAGCCUGGUCACCCAGGGGAAUUUGAUGGCAGAUAAGUGGAUUUGUUAGCGAUGUUUUAUGUCUUCCCCUUUUAGGGGAAGAAGGGGAGGGGUAGGUUUUGUAACUAUGUCAAAUAGGCAAACAUAGAAAAGAAAAAAAAAGAUUGAUACUAUUGUGUAUAAAAUGUAGAAAAUUUUGAACUACAGUGCGCAUACUUUGUGGUCGCGUGGAUGUUACAUAUUUUUAUCUACCUGGUUUCUUUGCUGCAAAUGCCAUAAGAAGAUACUCUGAUGGAGAGGACUUCUCAGCUAGUUUUUUAUUUUUUAUUUUUUAUUUUUCUAAUCUGCCGCGAGCGUUCGGGACUAGCUGCAGAACUAGAGAUUUGGAUAUUUCGAUUGAUUUCCUGUAAAUAUCGUAAUGUGAAAGCAUCUUUAUGACU